AUGAACAUCCCCGUGGACCUGCGGACCCUGAGGGCGGUGCGAGUCCUGAGGCCUCUCAAACUGGUCUCUGGGAUCCCUAGUAAGUACACUGCAUAUCAAUCACCAGCUGAAAUAUCAACCAGUUACAUUAUCAUAAUACCACAAUCUGUACUUUACUACAAUGUCUUAUUCUCAGAGGCAAUCAGGCAUUAACUAUUCAUACACGUAUGUGGUGUCACCAGGCUUGCAGAUCGUGCUGAAGUCCAUCAUGAAGGCCAUGGUGCCUCUGCUCCAGAUCGGCCUGCUCUUGUUCUUCGCCAUUCUGAUGUUCGCCAUCAUUGGCCUGGAGUUCUACAGCGGGAAGCUACACCACACCUGUCUACCUACUGCUGACAUCCUGGGUAGGAACAUACUCCACUCUCGCUCACACUCCCUGUAUUUCAUACACUACCCCAGUGGUUCCCAACCUGGGGUGUUAGGACCCCUGGGGUUACUUGGCCUAUCCACAGGGGGCACUUGAGAAGACUCAUUAGACCAUAGGCCUACUGGUAAAAUGCACAUGAGAGGGGUACUUCAGGGGUAAUCUGAGCAGAGCAAAAUUCAGUUGGCAGUAUAGUAACCGGAAAAGGUGGGGAACCAUUGCACUACCCCACACUCUCUGUAUUUCACACACUACCCCAAACUCCCCCACACUGCCUGUAUUUCACACACUACCUCACACUCCCUCACACUCUCUCUCUAGCAAAACCUCUUUGCCCACGUCUACCUCUAUCCCUGGAGGAGGUCCCCUUACCCUAUGUGCUCCAUUUUCUCCCUAUUAUACUGUAUUUAACUUUAACAAACUGUAUUUAACUCUCUCUCUCUCGCUCUCACUCUCUCUCUCCCCCAUGCACUGUUAUUAAGAACAUCUUUAUAUAAUGCUACUCUUAUACCUGUCAGCUUCAUGAGGACCAUUCGGUCCCAUCUAACCCUACUCUAUAAGAAUAAGUACUCUUAGAAAAAAGGGUUCCAAACGGGUUUUUCAGGAGAACCCUUUUUGGUUCCAGGUAGAACCCUUUUUGGUUACAGGUAUAACUAUUUUGGGUUGCAUGUAGAACCCUCUGUGGAAAGGGUUCUACAUGGAACUGAAAAUGGUUCUACCUGGAACCAAAAGGGCUCUACCUGGAACCAAAAAGAGUUAUUCAAAGGGUUCUCAUAUGGGGACAGCCAAAUAACAAUUUUAGGUUCUAGAUAGCACCUAUUUUUCUAAGAGUGUAUUGUUGUUUUGUUUUUAUUUACACAGUCAUGUUUCAAACGGCUUUGUCUGACUUGUUUACUGUACUUACAGGCUUCUAAUUUGCACAAAGGGUGGACAAUUCCUUUGUUAGAUGAUGACAUGGGACAAACAUAUUAUUAAUGUUAGUACGCCCAACUGAGCUGCCAAGCUACAUUUCAAUUAGCCAACAAUGAUUACUCUGUAAUCACACAAGCCAAAAAUAGUAUUUUAUUUACUCUAACAUGGAAAACAAAUGGUUUGACCCAGUGAUAUACUGUAUGAUCAAUCUCCAGCAAUGUGUAUUUCUCAACUGUCAAUUAAUGCAGCAGCACUGACCCCUGGGAUGUUGGUGACUGGUCCCUGAGUUGGUUAGCUGACACAGAUUCAGUCAGUUGUCAAGUGCCAGUUUUUAAUCUAAGCGGUCCUCCAAGGACAAAGGAUCAUAGCUCUCCUGUUGUAAUUAAGGUUGAGAGGAACACCGCUCUACAGUCGUGGUCAAAAGUUUUGAGAAUGCCAUAAGUAUUGGUCUUCACAAAGUUUGCUGCUUCAGUGUUUUUAGAUGUUACUAUGGUAUACUGAAGUAUAAUUACAAGCAUUCCAUAAGUGUCAAAGGCUUUUAUUGACAAUUACAUUAAGUUUAUGCAAAGAGUCAAUAUUUGCAGUGUUGACCCUUCUUUUUCAAGACCUCUGCAAUCCGCCCUGGCAUGCUGUCAAUUAACUUCUGGGCCACAUCCUGACUGAUGGCAGCCCAUUCUUGCAUAAUCAAUGCUUGGAGUUUUUCAGAAUUUGUGGGUAUUUGUUUGUCCACCCGCCUCUAGAGGAUUGCCCACAAGUUCUCAAUGGGAUUAAGGUUUGGGGAGUUUCCUGGCCAUGGACCCAAAAUUUCAAUGUUUUGUUCUCCGAGCCACUUAGUUAUCACUUUUGCCUUAUGGCAAGGUGCUCCAUCAUGCUGGAAAAGGCAUUGGUUGUCACCAAACUGUUCUUGGAUGGUUGGGAGAAGUUGCUCUCGGAGGAUGUGUUGGUACCAUUCUUUAUUCAUGGCUGUGUUCUUAGGCAAAAUUGUGAGUGAGCCCACUCCCUUGGCUGAGAAGCAACCCCACACAUGAAUGGUCUCAGGAUGCUUUACUGUUGGCAUGACACAGGACUGAUGGUAGUGCUCACCUUGUCUUCUCCGUACAAGCUUUUUUCCGGAUGCCCCAAACAAUCAGAAAGGGGAUUCAUCAGAGAAAAUGACUUUACCCCAGUCCUCAGCAGUCCAAUCCCUGUACCUUUUGCAGAAUAUCAGUCUGUCCCUGAUGUUUUUCCUGGAGAGAAGUGGCUUCCUCGCUGCCCUUCUUGACACCAGGCCAUCCUGGUUUUCGUCUCACUGUGUGUGCAGAUGCACUCACACCUGCCUGCUGCCAUUCCUGAGCAAGCUCUGCACUGGUGGUGCCCCGAUCCCGCAGCUGAAUCAACUUUAGGAGACGGUCCUGGCGCUUGCUGGACUUUCUUGGGCACCCUGAAGCCUUCUUCACAACAAUUGAACCUCUCUCCUUGAAGUUCUUGAUGAUCCGAUAAAUGGUUGAUUUAGGUGCAAUCUUACUAGCAAUAUCCUUACCUGUGAAGCCCUUUUUAUGCAAAUCAAUGAUGAUGGCAUGUGUUUCCUUGCAGGUAACUAUGGUUAACAGAGGAAGAACAAUGAUUUCAAGCACCACCCUCCUUUAAAGCUUCCAGUCUUUUAUUCUAACUCAAUCAGCAUGACAGAGUGAUCUCCAGCCUUGUUCUCGUCAACACUCUCACCUGUGUUAACGAGAGAAUCACUGACAUGAUGUCAGCUGGUCCUUUUGUGGCAGGGCUGAAAUGCAUUUUCAUGGCAAAGAGGGACUUUGCAAUUAAUUGCAAUUAAUCUGGUCACUCUUCAUAGCAUUCUGGAGUAUAUGCAAAUUGCCAUCAUAAAAACUGAGGCAGCAGACUUUGUGAAAAUUAAUAUUUGUGUAAUUCUCAAAACUUUUGACCACGACUGUAGACAUCCGCUACUCCUAAAUCCUAUUUCAAUCUAUGGUGACUUUGGAAAAGGUUAGAUGCAGUGCUAAUGUAAUCAGGCUGAAAAGAUUUGCCAUGGAUCCUCAGAUUCUCAAAACUCCCUGCCAUCCAGGACCUCUAUACCAGGCGGUGUUAGAGGAAGACCCUUAAAAUUGUCAAAGACUUCAACCACCCAAGUCAUUAAAAACUUGCUAGUAAGAUUGCACCUAAAUCAACAAUUUUUCGGAUCAUCAAGAACUUCAAGGAGAGAGGUUCAAUUGUUGUAAAGAAGGCGUCAGGGUGCCCAAGAAAGUCCAGCAAGCGCCAGGACCGUCUCCUAAAGUUGAUUCAGCUGCGGGAUUGGGGCACCACCAGUGCAGAGCUUGCUCAGGAAUGGCAGCAGGCAGGUGUGAGUGCAUCUGCACUCACAGUGAGGCGAAGACUUUUGGAGGAUGGCCUGGUGUCAAGAAGGGCAGCAAAGAAGCCACUUCUCUCCAGGAAAAACAUCAGGGACAGACUGAUAUUCUGCAAAAGGUACAGGGAUUGGACUGCUGACUGGGGUAAAGUCAUUUUCUCUGAUGAAUCCCCUUUCUGAUUGUUUGGGACUUCCGGAAAGCACCUUGUCCGGAGAAGACAAGGUGAGCACUACCAUCAGUCCUGUGUCAUGCCAACAGUAAAGCAUCCUGAGACCAUUCAUGUGUGGGGUUGCUUCUCAGCCAAGGGAGUGGGCUCACUCACAAUUUUGCCUAAGAACACAGCCAUGAAUAAAGAAUGGUAUCAACACAUCCUCCGAGAGCAACUUCUCCCAACCAUCCAAGAACAGUUUGGUGACGACCAAUGCCUUUUCCAGCAUGAUGGAGCACCUUGCCAUAAGGCAAAAGUGAUAACUAAGUGGCUCGGAGAACAAAACAUCAAACUUUUAGGUCCAUGGCCAGGAAACUCCCCAGACCUUAAUCCCAUUGAUAACGUGGUCAAUCCUCAAGAGGCGGGUGGACAAACAAAUACCCACAAAUUCUGAAAAACUCCAAGCAUUGAUUAUGCAAGAAUGGGCUGCCAUCAGUCAGGAUGUGGCCCAGAAGUUAAUUGACAGCAUGCCAGGGCGGAUUGCAGAGGUCUUGAAAAAGAAGGGUCAACACUGCAAAUAUUGACUCUUUGCAUAAACUUAAUGUAAUUGUCAAUAAAAGCCUUUGACACUUAUGGAAUGCUUGUAAUUAUACUUCAGUAUACUAUAGUAACAUCUGAAAAAAAUAUUUCAUAACACUGAAGCAGCGAACUUUGUGAAGACCAAUACUUGUGUCAUUCUCAAAACUUUUGACCACAACUGUACAUGAUUCCAUAUGUGUUAUUUCAUAGUUUUGAUGUCUUCACUAUUAUUCUACAAUGUAGAAAAUAGUAGAAAAUAAAGAAAAACCCUUGAAUGAGUAGGUGUGUCCAAACCUUUGACUGGUACUGUAUAUGUAGAUACUAUAUUACCUCAAUUACCUCAAGUACCUCGUACCCCUGCACAUUGACUCAGUACCGGUACUUCUUGUAUAUAGCCUUGGUAUUGUUAUUUGAUUGUGUUACUAUUUCCUUGUAUUUUUUGUGCAAAUAUUUUUCUUACUUUUUAACACUGCGUUGUUGGGAAUGGGCUCGUAAGUAAGCAUUUCACGGUAAAGUCUACACCUGUGUAUUCGGCGCAUGUGACCAAUACAAUUUGAUUUGAAACAACGAAAAAGCUGUGAUUGGAAAUUCAGCGCCAUGGACAGUGGUGGUCAGACUCCCUAUUCUGUUAGGUGGAAUACUGCGACACUGUGUUGUUAGUUUAGUGAAGAAAGGGGCGUGCUACUUACACUUUAACCACCUCUGCAUUGUCCUGUGUUAGAAAAUGAGACGAUGGAUAUGACCGAGGUGGAGUUUGCGUGCGGAGUGAGGAAGUGUCCGGAGAAGUACGACUGUGUUGGGUCAUGGAUCGGCCCCAAUGACGGCAUCACCCAGUUUGACAACAUCCUGUUCGCUGUGCUCACUGUCUUCCAGUGCAUCACCAUGGAGGGAUGGACAGCUGUACUCUACAAUGUGAGUGCCGUACACUCCAACUACUUUAAGGCUACUUUUUUCGUGCAGACACAUUGAGGGCAGUGGCGAUUUUAGCAUGUAAAUCUUGGUGGGGAAAAAACAUAUUAAAAAAUGAAAUGCAUGCCAGCAAAGCCACUACACAACACAACACAACACAACACUAAACAAUUCAUUCAUUGCACUAUAACGGUGACAUACGGUGCCCACAAACUGUUAGGGCCUACAUAAAGCUGUCCCAACAGCGGUCCCAACACCUUACCACUGCUACACCUGGCUAUCAGCGGAGCCUUGUCUGGCAGCGAAAAAAUGUACUGCCUUUAAAAAAAAACAUAGCUGAUAUGGCUGACUUGCUUAAACAAAUGUGGUUUCUACUGGCAAUUGAGAUGUAAAGUACAAACUAUGGCAUAAGGGGACGACGAGCGGAUAAGAGGCAAUCUGUAAUUUCGAUUAAGACAUUAAUGAGCGAGCUAGGACGGACGUAGUCAAUAACUAUUUGUUCAGCACUUUUGAAAUGUACAGCGACAGAAUUCAGAACAUGGGCCGUUCUUACAGUAUUCUCCCUGUACACCAAGUCAGAACCAUAGGAUAAAUAAAGGGGACAUAUAAACAGACAAUGAAAGCUCUUACAAUAUUCGAUGAUUACAUUUCUCUAAAACAGGCUAUAGGCUACAUGUGCACCACCAAGUCAGAACAGUAGGCUAAGUUAUGAGGGUAAAAGGGACCAAAUUAUUAGGGUGAGGUAUAUGGGCUACUAACAGCUUACUACACAACAUACACUUAGUAUUACUUUCUUAGCUACAGUAUACAUAUCUCCCUGGCAUAUUGCAUAAUUUAUGCAGCAGCAUACAAUACAUUUUUGGACUCACCUUGUUGUGCUGUGCUCACUUGAACAGGACGGUGGCACGGCGGUCCUUAGUGGGCAAAUUAUGUCAUCAAACUUUGUCAUCAAAGUCUGUCGUUCUCUGGAUUUAUGGUGCUUUCAAGACAACUGAGGACUCUGAAAAAAACAAGGUCGAAUCAUGAAGUCAGUGAUCUUCAGGUCGGAGCUCUAGAAAGAGGCCAGAGUUCCCAACUUGCAAUUCUGAGUUGGAUGACCGUUCAAAACGUAUUUUCCCUGUCAGAGCUCGUUCCCAGUUCCGAGUUUCCAGCUGUUUUAAGCACGGCAGAAGUCAUGCUGGAUUGCCAGCAUGGCCAAUGUUGAAUGUUUAUCCUUUUAAGCUUGGAAAAGAGACUAGUUGGACUAUCAAAUUAUUAUAUAUUUUUUUACAUUGUUUGCUAACUGUGACAAAUAUUAAUGCCAAAAUAACACGCAAAACAGCCCCCCCCCCAAAAAAAAAAAUGAAAACAACUGAAUGACGAGUCGCCACUGAUUGAGGGUCAAAUCCUGUAAUUCAACGUUUCACAUACAGUGAAUUAUUUAUCGAUGUCAAUGGGAGCUUUGCAUGAAUGUUGGGUAUCUCUAAGGUUCGUGGAUUCGUGGAGGAUUCCUGAAUGCAUAGGCGGUUUGAUAGGUGCCUCUCUAUCUUGUAUCUGUUCUUGUACUUGUAUUUACAUACACGUCUAUGUGUGUUAGACCAACGAUGCCUUGGGCUUUAUGUGGAAUUGGAUCUACUUUAUUCCUCUCAUCAUCAUCGGCUCAUUCUUCGUACUCAACCUGGUGUUGGGAGUCCUCUCUGGGUGAGUAAAUAAAAGUGUGUGUGUGUGCGCGUGUGUGCGGAUGUACAAGUUUGUGUGUGAUUUUAUGAGGGUUUUGGAAGGGGUAUCAAUGGAUUGGCCCAUGUCCUGCAUGUAUAGGGAGUUUGCCAAAGAGAGGGAGCGGGUGGAGAACAGGAGAGCCUUCAUGAAGCUGAGACGCCAACAGCAGGUGGAGAGAGAACUCAACGGAUACAGAGCCUGGAUAGACCGAGCAGGUACUGUACUGUCACCUUAGAACCGCCACUAACCGAGAGAUAACUAAGUAAGAUGGAAACAUUUAUAUAUUAUAAGAUCCAAGUGGUGAUUUGGAUGCUAUGGUUUGGUUGAAGUAGAUAAUGUUAAUUUUGCCAGCUGCUGUGUUGCUUUUGAAAUGGCUCUGCCCUGAUGGAGAUACCUGGUGAAUAUGUGGAUGUAGGGUGACUUUGUGAAGCUGCAGUGCUAUAAUGGCAAUCUACAGUAUCUUUCUCCCACGCAAGUUGAGGUUGAGAGGAAGGUGAGACUGACUCACUGACUCAAGUGUGUAUGUGUGAAUGCGAGUCUGUGCGCAUCCAUGUGUGUGUGCGCGUCCGUGUUUGUGUGCAUGUGCUCAUCCAUGUGUGUGUGCACAUCUGUGUGUGUGUGUGUGUGUGUGUGUGUGUGUGUGUGUGUGCACAUCUGUGUUUGUGUGUGCCCGUCCUUGUGUGUGUUUGAAAUGUAUGCGUUAGUCAUAGAAAUCAAUAAGUGUUCCAUCUCUGGAGGGGGUUAUCAGGGCCCUGAAAGAGAAACGUUGGCUGCCAUGCGAGCGCUAGAUGAGCUCUUACCUGAUGUUGAGUUUCUCCCCCUCUCUGAGCAUCAACACUAUGCAACACUAUACAUUCAGCCCCAAUACUAACCUUGGUAAUGCUAAAACAAUCAUUUCAAUAUUACAUUUCAACAGGUUAGCCCUAUGAUUUGCUCACAAUCUUCCGAGAGUGCUAAGAGAGAGAGAGACCUAUUUCUGUUUCAGGAGCACUUUAUGAUUGACCUUGAAUUCACUUAGUGUGGAUGACCUUGAAAUAUGUUCAUCCCAAUGUUACAGAGGAGGUGAUGCUGGCUGAGGAGAACAAGAAGUCAGGGAGAUCUGCUUUAGAUGGUAAGAACCAGAAGACAUUGAGAGGAGUCACCACCGAAAUGUCCUAUCAAUGUCCUUCCACAUUCACUACCCUUACUACAGUAAUCCUUACAGUCCAUUACAAUACAGUACAAUGUUUUUGAUGAUACAUUAACCACUUCACCUUUUCACGACCUGCCUCUCUCCAUCCACUACACGACAACUCCAGGUGUAAACAAAGGCAACAUUUUGUUUCUCUUUGACCUCCGUUAGCAGAGAGCUGCUGUAGACAAUUGAAAAUGGCAGUGAAAAGGUCAAACCUCUUUCAGAGGAAAAUAUACUGUAAAACCCCUCAAGAAGUUCAUUUGCUUUGUUUACUGUGUGGACAUUGUGAUUGUCUUGGUAACAGCAAAGUGAAAAAGGCUUGGCGUGCGCCUGUAGUGAUAUACCAUCUGUCAACAAGGUCUUGUUUUUAGCCUGUUUUUGUUUCUCACUCCUUUUCAGAAGACGAAUAUGAUUCAUAUGACACUUUCAUUUACACCUUAUCUAAUAUCUACCUUUCAAAAUAUAUUUGUCUCUGCCUCCUUCCUCUCAUGUUCAGAGGAUUUCAGUCAGUUUGCCCUGAAAGCUAGUAUGUCAGCGUGAAUAUGUGCCAUUUCCAACCAUUUCCAUAUCAUUAUCUUUAUUUAUAACUAGUUUGUCAUUGACCAUCCACGAAAGGGCUGGCUAGUGAAAUGUGUUGUGUCAUAAAGCAUCUGUUGUUUCAUGACAGACUGUCUAUGCUAUUAGAGACAUUCUCUGUUUGUUCUAAUUUUCUGUUGUGUGUGUAUUCAGUGCUGAAGCGUGCCACCAGUAAAAAUGCAAAGCGUAGAGGAGGUCCUGGGGAUGCAGAGAUCUCCACUAUAGGUGAGUGAGGAACACACAACCGAGACCCUCAUAUUAAGGCUUCUUGUUGUCUUUCUCUCCACUUCUGAUCUCUUUCCCCAUAUCUGUUUGACCUCUAUUUGACCUCUUUAAUAUUUUCUACACCUUUUCUCUCUCCUCUCCAACCCUGACCUUUUUCUCUCUCCAUAUCCUUUCUCUCCCUCCCUCUCUUUCUUUCUAUUUUCUCAAACUAUCCUCCUCUCCUCUCAUUCCUCCUCCCACAGGAGCACCUCGUAUGCGGAUCCGUACAGUGCGGCGUGGCCCGGUGGCGUACAUGCGUCGUAAGGAGCGUAUGCUGCGGAUCUCCCUGCGGCGCAUGGUGAAGACAGACACCUUCUACUGGACUGUCCUCAGCCUGGUGUUUCUCAACACCAUCUGUGUGGCCAUCGUCCACCAUAACCAGCCAGACUGGCUCUCCACCUUCCUGUGUACGGUUGAUCGAUCAAUUUAUUGAAUCAAUAACAUUGUAUUUAUAUAGCCAAUUUUACAACAAUAAUUCACAUUCAGAAAAAAACUCCUGGACCUAAGCAUAGGCUAUGAAUUGUAUUUACAGUAGAACUUACAGUAGAACAUGUUUAAUGCAUUCUGAACAACUUUCAAUAUCUCUCCAGACUAUUAAGAUGUGGUUCUUCCAUAGUACAGAGUUUAUAACAUAGCCUGAAAAAAAGCUUGGUUUGAACAGAGAAAAACUCUGAACAUCUGCCCAGCCUUUAAUUCAUAAUGAUUUAUUAUUUCUUCAGACUAUGCAGAAUUUGUUUUCCUGGGGCUCUUCUUGGCAGAGAUGUUCUUAAAGAUGUACGGCCUGGGUUUCCGCCUCUAUUUCCACUCCUCAUUCAACUGCUUUGACUGCGGAGUGAGUUCAUUCAUCCUUUACAUUUAAUCCCUGAUAGUUUAUGGUGAACCUUGAUUACCACAGCUAAGUGGAAUCAAGACUUACAAGUGUGGCAACAAAAUAUUUGCUUAUUGUUAUACAGGUGGAUCAAGAGGCAUUACAUUUCUAACAAUAUGGACAAUUAAGUGCUAUUGUUAUUUUACAUUUUAGUCAUUUAGCAGACACUCUUAUCCAGAGCGACUUACAGUUAGUGCAUACAUUUUCAUACUGGCCCCCCGUGGGUAACGAACCCACAACCCUGGCGUUGUAAGCGCCAUGCUCUACCAACUGAGCUACAGGGGACUAUGUGAUACUGUCCUAUAUUGCAGACUAAUGUGUGUUCUUAGUGAUAAAGGUUUGUCUAAACUUAACUUCUCUUACAGUUUUUGAAUGUUGCUUGGUGUCUCUUGUGCAGGUGAUAGUUGGCAGCAUCUUUGAGGUGGUGUGGGGCUUCUUCCGGCCUGGCAUGUCCUUUGGCAUCAGCGUCCUGAGGGCACUGAGACUCCUGAGGAUUUUUAAGAUCACCAAGUGAGUGGGACAUCAACCAGAAUGAGGGUUAGGGUCAGCAUUAUUGUUACUGUUGUAAGUACAAUGUAUUACUAUUACCACUCUAGGGUUAAGGUUAGGGUUAAUGUUAGGGUUAGGGUCAGUAUUGGUGUUACUGCUGUAAGUACAAUGUAUUACAACUCUAAAAGGCAGUCAAAAUGGCAAAAGGAAGAUAUUGAGGUCUGUCUAUUUUGUGUGCCAACCUACUCUCCUUUUUCUUGACCAGGUACUGGGCAUCACUGAGGAACCUGGUGGUGUCUCUCAUGAGUUCCAUGAAGUCCAUCAUCAGUCUGCUCUUCCUCCUCUUCCUCUUCAUCGUCGUCUUCGCCCUGCUGGGCAUGCAGCUCUUUGGGGGCAGGUGAGCAGAACCAUAGGGUUUGGGUUCAGUUAUUAGAUACAGUGUCACUGAUCUCAGGAUAGUUAUUCAGUAGUUCUCCAAAAUCAGGAUAUUAAGAAUGUCUUGUAUAGACAGGUCUCAGGUUCCAUGAAUGUAUUUUCAGUUGAUCUGUUCAUUGACUAUUGAUGUGGAUUGGCCAUGAUCAUAUCACCGGAUAUUAUUCCAAAUAUAAAUUCAGUAGCAGCCUGAAGCUGUUCCAUGUUUUGUUGUGCUGCAUCGGAAAUGGGAUGAUAGUUCUGAAAUGACACUUCUGGCUGAAAAUAGCAACUUCCACCUCCUCCUCUUCUUACCUCUUCUUCCUCCUCUUCUUCCCCGGUCAUAUCUGCCUAUCCAUUCUUUCUCUCCCUCUAGGUUCAUCUUUGAAGAUUACACUCCUACCAACUUUGACACAUUUCCAGCUGCCAUCAUGACAGUUUUCCAGGUUUGGCUCCUUCACUCUAGACCCUCCCUCUCACUCUGACUUCCCCAUGAUGACACAGAACCCAGGGAUAUCUCCCACAUCCCCCCAGGGCCAAGAUUAAACAACUCUGCUCACCGCCCCUUCCAUUUACUAGCAACCCACACAUACACACACAUAUACACAUAAAUGUCAGAGCAGUGAAAUAUGGAAGAAUGUUUGAUCAAAACCGUAAACUGGGUUUUUACGAGAUAAAUCAAUUAAUAGUAGGCCUGACAUUUUUAACUCUGCAGGGAGAAAGAACACUGUUACCGAUAUGAUUAAAUUAUGGCCCAAAAAUAACCAAACUAUACCGUUGGCUAACACUUCAGACAAGGUUCCUGCCAUUUUGAGUCUUCUUAUGUAUUGGUGUGUGGUAUUUGUGUGUCAGCAUUCUGUAUGAUAUACUUUGCGUUUUUGUAUUAUUUUCAAUUGGGCUGCUCAUUAUUGAUCUUGUAAUUGUGACUCUAGAUCCUGACCGGUGAGGACUGGAAUGAGGUGAUGUACAAUGGGAUACGCUCCCAAGGAGGAGUGCAGUACGGCAUGUGGUCCUCCAUAUACUUCAUAGUGCUCACCCUGUUUGGGAACUGUAUCCUUCUUCAACUUCCUACUAACCACAAUCUACUGAUUAUUCUCACAUUGUAGAUAGGUUUACAUGUACAGUGGGGAAAAAAAGUAUUUAGUCAGCCACCAAUUGUGCAAGUUCUCCCACUUAAAAAGAUGAGAGAGGCCUGUAAUUUUCAUCAUAGGUACACGUCAACUAUGACAGACAAAAUGAGGAAAAAAAAUCCAGAAAAUCACAUUGUAGGAUUUUUAAUGAAUUUAUUUGCAAAUUAUGGUGGAAAAUAAGUAUUUGGUCAAUAACAAAAGUUUCUCAAUACUUUGUUAUAUACCCUUUGUUGGCAAUGACACAGGUCAAACGUUUUCUGUAAGUCUUCACAAGGUUUUCACACACUGUUGCUGGUAUUUUGGCCCAUUCCUCCAUGCAGAUCUCCUCUAGAGCAGUGAUGUUUUGGGGCUGUCACUGGGCAACACGGACUUUCAACUCCCUCCAAAGAUUUUCUAUGGGGUUGAGAUCUGGAGACUGGCUAGGCCACUCCAGGACUUUGAAAUGCUUCUUACGAAGCCACUCCUUCGUUGCCCGGGCGGUGUGUUUGGGAUCAUUGUCAUGCUGAAAGACCCAGCCACGUUUCAUCUUCAAUGCCCUUGCUGAUGGAAGGAGAUUUUCACUCAAAAUCUCACGAUACAUGGCCCCAUUCAUUCUUUCCUUUACACGGAUCAGUCGUCCUGGUCCCUUUGCAGAAAAACAGCCCCAAAGCAUGAUGUUUCCACCCCCAUGCUUCACAGUAGGUAUGGUGUUCUUUGGAUGCAACUCAGCAUUCUUUGUCCUCCAAACACGACGAGUUGAGUUUUUACCAAAAAGUUAUAUUUUGGUUUCAUCUGACCAUAUGACAUUCUCCCAAUCCUCUUCUGGAUCAUCCAAAUGCACUCUAGCAAACUUCAGACGGGCCUGGACAUGUACUGGCUUAAGCAGGGGGACACGUCUGGCACUGCAGGAUUUGAGUCCCUGGCGGCGUAGUGUGUUACUGAUGGUAGGCUUUGUUACUUUGGUCCCAGCUCUCUGCAGGUCAUUCACUAGGUCCACCCGUGUGGUUCUGGGAUUUUUGCUCACCGUUCUUGUGAUCAUUUUGACCCCACGGGGUGAGAUCUUGCGUGGAGCCCCAGAUCGAGGGAGAUUAUCAGUUGUCUUGUAUGUCUUCCAUUUCCUAAUAAUUGCUCCCACAGUUGAUUUCUUCAAACCAAGCUGCUUACCUAUUGCAGAUUCAGUCUUCCCAGCCUGGUGCAGGUCUACAAUUUUGUUUCUGGCGUCCUUUGACAGCUCUUUGGUCUUGGCCAUAGUGGAGUUUGGAGUGUGACUGUUUGAGGUUGUGGACAGGUGUCUUUUAUACUGAUAACAAGUUCAAACAGGUGCCAUUAAUACAGGUAACGAGUGGAGGACAGAGGAGCCUCUUAAAGAAGAAGUUACAGGUCUGUGAGAGCCAGAAAUCUUGCUUGUUUGUAGUUGACCAAAUACUUAUUUUCCACCAUAAUUUGCAAAUAAAUUCAUUAAAAAUCCUACAAUGUGAUUUUCUGGGAAAAAAAAUCUCAAUUUGUCUGUCAUAGUUGACGUGUACAUAUGAUGAAAAUUACAGGCCUCUCUCAUCUUUUUAAGUGGGAGAACUUGCACAAUUGGUGGCUGACUAAAUACUUUUUUUCCCCACUGUAUAUCUUUCUCCUUCUGUGAAAGUUGUAGCAUAGUCCUAAAGUAGGGGUCAUGGGUUCUGAUGUUGUGUGGAACUGUUCGAAAGAAGUUCAUGUAUUUCAGUUUCAUCCACCCCUGUAAGCAUUCUUGACCAUACUGUGAUCAGAUACACUGCUCAACGUCUUCUUGGCCAUCGCAGUGGAUAACCUUGCCAACGCACAGGAACUCACCAAGGUGUGUAGUACUAUUUUAAGAGUUUCUACGGAAUGGGUUAUCUUGAAAUUUAAAUAAGGAUUUUCAAAGAAAUGUGUAAGGGUCUUGACCUAUGGGCAUAGCCAAUGUUCCCUCUAAUAUGCGUAUGUGCUCAGGCCGCACUGCAGAGCAGAAGAAAUAUCAGCCCGUGCAGAGAAGUACAAGAUUUUCUAGAGUUUUCCCCGUUAGUUAAUUAACACUAUCAACAUUUACCUUUACUGUGGGAAUUGUGAUCGAAUCAACGCAAUAUUAGCCACUUUCAAUGCAACCUACCGAAACAAAACAAACUAUGCAAGACUUAGUAUGCAAAACUAACUAUGCAAGAGAUUUUGUUGUAGGCAGAACGCAUCAGAGUAGGAUUCUGUUGCAUUGACACGCAUGACUCAGUCCAUACUCUACACAGACCAGUGCUCCAUAACCAAUCAGAGCUGCAGUAGGCCUAUAUGCAAAUUGACCAUUGCCAUAUAUGGAUCUGUGGCAUUCACUUUGAACUGGACUGUGUUUACAGCAUGAGCGGUCGUGAGUAGAUGCGCUCAGUGGUGUAAAGUACUUAAGUAAAAAUACUUGAAAGUACUACUUAAGUCGUUUUUUUUUGGGUAUCUGUACUUUACUUUACUAUUUAUAUUUUGGACAACUUUUACUUCACUACAUUCCUGAAGAAAAUUAUGUACUUUUUACUCCGUACAUUUUCCCUGACACCCAAAAGUACUUGUUACAUUUUGAAUGCUUAGUAGGACAGGAAAAUGGUCCAAUUCACACACUCAAGAGAACAUCCUUGGUCAUCCCUACUGCCUCUAAUCUGGCGGACUCACUAAACAAAAAUGCUUCAUUUGUAAAUGAUGUCUGAGUGUUGGAGUGUGCCCCUAGCUAUCCGUAAAAAACAACAACAUUGUGCUGUCUGGUUUACUAAAUAUAAGAAAUGUUAAAUGAUUUAUACUUUUACUUUUGAUACUAAGUAUAUUUUAGCAGUUAUAUUUACUUUUGAUAUUUAAGUAUAUUUAAAACCAAAUACUUUUAGACUUUUACUCAAGACUUUUACUUGAGUGAUUUUCUAUUAAGGUAUCUUUACUUUUACUCAAGUAUGACAGUUGGGUACUUUUUCGACCACUGGAUGCGCUUGUUUUGAGAUCAAAGCGAGAGCUGCAUGUAGCCACAUGUGCACAUUUGUUCAUAUCCUUUGCUAGUUAGUGAGUUAUUAGCCCAGUUAUAGAUCAUUUGUAGUCAGCAAUGGGUGAGUGAUUGCUUCCUACAAGAGCACAAAACGUUUACAUUUCUAGACAUCUUUGAAAAGUGAGUAAGGUAAAGAGCUUUUUUUGUCUUAAAGGGGCAGUGUUGUAUUUUGAGACAGGCUUGAAUAAGCUAAGUAGCCAAUACGCAGAGGGUAGCAUAAUUUGUCUGAUUCUCUGUAAUAAUGGUAUGGGAAUAAUAAUGCAUUUUAUUUUGUAAAGUGUUUUUUUGCAUCAAAUGACACAACAACAUUUUCAGUCACCUCCUUGUCUUAAGGACAAGUGGAAAAAAACAGGUUAAUGUUAAGCCCUGCAUGGUUUUUUUCAAAAGUCUCAUGGAAUUUAGGCCUACAUUGAACACCACGCAUUGGCUGCUACUGUAGGCUGAAUGAUAGAACAGCCAUUUCCAUGGUAAAAUGUUAUGGGAUCCAUUUUUUCCAUUGUUUUUGAUGGUAGGCCACUCCGGUAGGCCUACAUUAUGAUCAAAUAGCCACAGCAGCCUACUUGACCACUGUCUGAAACUAACUUAAAGCGGGUACAGCCUCAGUGUUGACAGUAAACGCUCGCUGGAAGUUGCACAGAAUUUACAUAACGUUCAAGUUUGCGCUCAGCAGACCUGAAAUUUGCUCAGUGUCCCAAAAAUUGUUAGCUGCCCUAUAUCCAAAACUAUUUGUGGGACUUACAUUACUUUUUGUGUUUAUUUUACCUUUGUUAGGACGAAGAAGAGGAAGAGGAGUUUUUCAAUGCAAGAUACGCCAGAGGCACAGAUGGUCCGAUGUCUGAGUAAGUGUUCUGUUUAUACUUUUAUUACAAUGGUAGUUGGUCAGGCACAUACUUUGGCCUAGUCUUGGUGAAGAUUAGGAGGAGAUUAGAAACUGAGAGGUGAUCAUGAUGCGGUCUCAAUAUCUAUCGAUUACACAGCCAUAACACCCACAGGAAAAUACUGAUCUACUAUUCUCUUUGAAAAUCUGGUGUAGGCGUAGGCAGAAUGUUUAUUUUCUUUGCAUACAGCUGCAUGAUGAAUCUUUAGGGUUAGUGAGGCAUGUUCUGUGGGCUGUGUGUGGAAAAUGAAUGUGUACCUGCCUGUUACAUAGCAUGUGUAAUGGAAAAUGCAUUAGGGAAAUUAGGGAUGAGGCAUACGUCCUAGUUAAGACAAGCAUCUUCGCUUUGAGUCGGAUGUUGUUCUUGGGACUUGCUAAUGAAAAUGCUAAAAUGCUAAUGUAGGAUAAUGCAUGAUUUUAGUUAGAAUAUACGUUUUUUGUUUAUUUGAGCAUGUCAGUCAACUGGUAAAUUAAGAAAGAUCAGGCCAGUCAGACAAGCAUGUUUUUAUUUAUUUAGGAUUUGUUUAUUUGUGCAUAUCAGUUAACAGAUAAAUUAAACCAAAUGACAGGGCAAUUAUAGAGUAUAAGCAUAGUAUAAUGCUUAGUGUAUAAGUACCACCAACCAUUCUGCUCCCUCUGUAACAGGUACAGGUAGGGGGGAAAAGGAUGCAUGGAUUGUACUGUCCUCUGAUCUUCUCCAGGCACGUUACACUGACUGUGUCAUUUGUCUGUUACAACAUAUUUGAGUGUCAGUCCUAUGUGUUUCAGAGCUAUCAAGAUGCCGCUGCUUUUGAUACGUAUACUGUACUAUGGUGUAAUGCUAUGUUAUGCUGCUUCCAUCAUGUUGUCUUGUUACUCUAUGCCUGUAAUGUGGCACUAACCAAAAUAAAUACUACAAAAUAUAAGUAAAGAUUACUGUGCUGCCCCUGUAGGAUCAAGUUGAAACAAUUUGUAAUAACACUUGGAUAUCCACUGUUAUUUGAUAGGAUUUAUAAACAUCCACUUUCACUACUUAGAAAUAAUACUUUUUCCAUUUAUGGAUCCAUUUAUCAAGCUGUCAAAGCCAAAUCCCCAUGCCAAAUAUACUAAAUAUAAUAAUAAUAAUAAUAAAAAGAAAAUAAGAUAUAACCAAAUAUACUAGACUGGCAUUACUGGCAUGACCCUUGACCUGGUUUUGGACUGUGUCACAAGGAUUGUUCUAUUCUGUCUGUUCCAAAAACACUAAUGUCUUGUUUUCAACCAAUCACUCAUUGAAUACAUGGAUUACAAAAGAGUCUGAAUACCGUAAGUAAAGUUGUCUGUCUGUCUGUACCCCUGUCACACCUAAUUCAGUUUCCUUUAUCUUAGUAGAAGAAGUUGAUUUCUAUAUAUCUAUAUAUAUUUCCCUAUUUUAAUCCUGCACUUUUCCUUUUUGUUUUUGUGGCUUUUUGAUUUUCUGUGCUUUCUUCCCAGGUAUUUUCAUCAUUUGAAUUUCAAUCGAAUUUCUGGAUGUUUGUUUUAUUUAGAUGAUAAUUCAAAAAUUGAAUUGAAUUCAUCUUAAGCCAUAAAACAUACAAUAUCUCUGAUUAAAAAUGUUAAUGGCAAAUUGCUCUGUCAUGCAAUUUUCCUACAUCAUUAUUGACAUAUUUACAUACAUAGAUACUAUGUUAUAUAAUAUGUUAUAUGUCUAGACUCUAUUUAGUGUGAGGUGUAACCUAUCAUUAGGAAGUGUACAUGUGACAUGUGCGUGACGCUGCCCUCUAGUGAUAGGCUUUGUGUUGUGCUCUGUAGGAGGAGGAGGCGGCCCUACCUCCGCAGGAAGCAGGCCAUCCACAGGGGCCGUAUGGCCUUACCCGAGGAGGAGGAGGAGAGCGCUGCUGGGGGCGGAGCCGACCAACCCCCCAACGGCACCAACGCCUUCUCCAACCGCCGUGAUCGACGGAGGAGGGGGGGGGGGGGGGAGGAAGAGGAGGAAGGUCUGUGUGGGAGCAGAGGGCCAACCAGCUACGCAAGCGGCGCCAGAUGGAGAGCCAGGAGGUCCUGUUCGGAGGCAGCCCCACCGAGGACACCACUGACACCCCUACAACCGCCUACCGCGCCCCCACCCUCUCCCCAGACGCCAGCCCCGGUCACCUGCCCGAGUCGCCCAUGUCCGGGAUCAUGCCCAUGCCUGAACCCCCGAUGUCCAUCGCCAUCCCGCUACCGGAACCCCCAGACUCGGAGCCUAUGCCUCUGUUUACAUUAGCUGAGGAGAGAGCGGUGAACCAUCGCUCCGGUGGGGAAAGGAGGCACAGGGUGGCCCGGAAAUCCAGGCCUGGCCCUGGGGGGGCGGAGGAGGGAGGGGCGGCACGGCAUAGGAGGCACCGUCACCGUGAGGCCCGGGCUGAGACCAAGAGCAGAGAGUCCCCACAUGAGGAGGUCAGCGAAUCAGGCAGCCGCGAGAGGAAGAUACUGGAAGAGAGGGAGGAGAAGGAGAAAGAGGAGAAGGAGGACAAAGGAGAGUUUGCUGAGGUGGAGGGAGGAAUGUCAGGCAAGAAUGAAGGAGGAGCCAUUAUUAUCAACUUAGAGAGUGAAGAAGAGCAUCUGAGGUAAGACGGUGGUGCUAGGUUCCAUUAUUUUAUUAUAAGGGUUAAGGCAUUGUGAUUUGUGAGAUUAGACUUCAGGCCCAAAUUGGGAGUGUCUAAACACAUGUACACAUUCUCUUCCAUACACCUCCUCUGCAGGGUGUGUAUUGCAGACAUCCCUGAGCCUCCCCUAUGUGAUAACUUCCCUGAGUACCUACCCCCACCCCUGCUGGACACUCCACCCCAGAUGGAGGAGGGCGAGGGGGGGGAGACUGGGCAGUGUGAGCCCUUGUCUCAGGACCCUCCAGUGGAGCCAGCCCCAGAGCAGUUCGCAGACCCCUCAGAGCUCCAGGCAGCAGCAGGAGUCAGUGACUCUGAGAACAUCCAAGCCUCCCUGAACCUUGAGGAGGGUAAGGAGACAGAACAAGGCCCAGACAGCCAGACCAGCGUGAUCAUAGAGAUGUCUGGAGCGCAGCCACUGCUGGAGGUCACCCCCAUGACAGGUAUGGUCCUCAACAUUUUACAGUAGUUCAUUGAAAGCAAUGUAAGGGCCAUUGACUAUUCUGUUCUGUUUCCUGCUGGAACAAGGAGGGUAACGAUAACGAUGGACUUGUUUUGUCAUGCUCGGGAGGAGCCAGGUCAAAUAACAGGUUUUAUCUUCAAUUUACUUUUAGCUUUACACAGCAACAAGGAGGUGGAGGUGUACCAGCCUGAGAGGAAGGAGAAGAAGGAGGAGGAGUCGCAGUUGGAGAAGGAGGAGGAGGAGGAGGCUAGCCCGCCCAAACCUGAACCUCCUGGCAGCAUGUUCCUCUUCAAGGCCUCCAACCCGUAAGACUCUCCUUCCUGCCCAUAUCUUGGCAUGUAUUCUAGUGCAGUACUAGUCUAUUCAGUUCAGUUCUAUGAAAGGACUGAAGUUCAAAAUCUGAACCCUGUUAGAACAGGCUACUGCGUUUAUGCAUCAGUCAGUGUAUUCUUACUGCACAAAUACACAUUCACAUACUCUCUCAUACAUUGUAGCUUUACAGCUCUCUAUCAGUAAUCUUUUUUGUGACCAUGUUUGUGGAUACAAUAUAGUAGUCAUUAUAUUUAUCAUCAUUGUCGUCAUGACCGAGCACGUGUGUAUCUGAUACUGUUGACCCUCUCUCCACUUUAUUGAUCUGUAGGAUCAGGAGGAUCUGUCACUAUGUGGUGACCAUGCGCUACUUUGAGAUGACCAUCUUGCUGGUGAUUGUGGCUAGCAGCAUUGCUCUGGCUGCUGAAGACCCUGUGUGCACCAACUCUGACAGAAACAGGGUGAGUUCAAUUUGAAUCUGGAAUGUUGGUAUCAGUCAUAUGAAUAUGUGAAUGUCCUUUCACAUAAUUAUUGGACGUUUUUUUGCUUUUCUAGGUUCUCCGUUACUUUGAUUACGUCUUUACUGGAGUCUUCACAUUUGAAAUGAUCAUAAAGGUGAUAUACUCAAAGAGAAAUGAUCAAUUAUGAGCCUCCUAAAACUAUGCAGAAAAAUACACAUGUAACAAUGUUUUCAGUGUAGUAACUUAUGUUGUCAUAUGUAUGUGUGUGUGUGUAUCUAUGUUGUCGUGUGUGUGGGCGCUUGUGUGUGUGUAUCUAUGUUGUAUUGUGUGUGUGUGUGUGUGUGUGUGUGUGUGUGUGUGUGUGUGUGUGUGUGUGUGUUUGUGUGUGUGUGUGUGUGUGUGUGUGUGUGUGGGCGGUUCUGUGUGUGUGUCUAUGUUGUUGUGUGUGUGGGUGUGGGUGUGUGUGUGUGGGGUGUCCUCCAGAUGACUGACCUGGGACUGCUUCUUCAUGACGGCUCCUAUUUCCGUGACCUGUGGAACAUUCUGGACUUCAUCGUGGUGGUGGGAGCUCUGAUCGCCUUCGCUCUGACGUGAGUAGGGUUACAAAGUUACCGGUAAUUUACCAAAGUUACCGGAGUCUUCUGUAAUUUUGGUCAUUAACAGGUAAUCAAUGGCAAUCUAUGGUAACUUUGGUCUUUUAUAGUUGAAUAACUUUAGAACACUUUUUUUUAAAUGAUAUCUGCGUCCAUAUUGUCGUUGAGUUUCUAGUGGAUAGACCAUACGGUUCAAGAUAGCCUAAAUAAUGAAAAAAGUAUCUUAUCAACAAUGGCGUUAUUUUCAAUUGACACUGCAACUCUUCCGACUAUUUACUUUUUUUACAACUGCCACCAGUUUUCCGCCAAAACAUUUACAACAAAUACAUAUUGACAUAGUAAAAUAAAUAAUGCAAGUGUGUAAUAUGUAAAGUAUAUUUAAUUCUGAAACCCUCAUAUUAAACACCAAUGGUAUUCACUAAGUUUAUGGUUUAUAUUUAGGAUAAUGUUUUACAGUUUUGUCAUUCUAUAAAAAAAAAAAAUUCUUAACAGUAUUUAAUUAUUUUAUGUAUGUUACAGUACAUGUGAUAAGGCCACAGAGAGGGACAGAGAUAAUUACAGAUACCUGUGAUAAUCUGAAGUACCCAAAAAGGCCACUGGAUGUAAUCUGAUAAAAUUCCCCCCAAAAUGAAAGUUAGCAAAAUUCUGGUAGUUUACUGGUAAACUUUUCCAGUAAUAUACCCUUCCUCUGCAACCCUAGACAUGAGUCACACUCACAAUGCUUCUGCUGCUGGAUGAGUAAUCACACUGACUCACUGUAGCAGAGUAGCAGAACUUAUAUUAUAUACUGCACUGUAGCAUAUCUCAACAUAUUUUUAUGCGUCUUCUAGUUGAUGCCUCAUGCAGUGAUGGAAAUAUUGCAUUUCCUAUGUCUUUGUAAUAACUUUUCCCCUCUGACAAGGGACAGCAGGUAGCCUAGCGGUUAAUAGUGUUGGGUCAGUAACCAAAAGGUCACUGGUUUGAAUCCCUGAGCCGACCAUGUUAAAAAUCUGUGGAUGAGCCCUUGAGCAAGGCACUUAACCCUAAUUGCACUGCAUAAGAGCAUCUGCUAAAUGACUGAAAUGUAAGUGGACAUGUUAAUGUCUCUUGUAGGCUAAUAACAUAAUCAAGUAGCUAGCGCACACAAGAUUUAGUUCUGGGUUGCGAGGUUAAUGAAAAUGUGCUUCUCCCCUGCCUUGUAUGUAGAUAUGACUGUGUGUUGAUUUAGCUGUGAUCCUCUGAGCGGUGCUCGUUGUGGAUCUCUCUUUAUGUUUCUAUUUCUCUGUUGUUCCUGUGGAAUUUAUCACUGUUGGGCCUUCCAGGAAUGUGAUUGGGUAAAGCACACAUUCUCAGACAAUUCUCAUCGAAUUCUCAUGCACUUCUCAUCGAAUUCUCAUGCACUUCCCAUAGAACUCUCAUGUACUUCUCAUACAAGUCCCUGUUGCACUUCUCAUAGAAUUAUCAUACACUUCCCAUACUUCUUGUACACGAUUCACCAUGUCUAUUUUCUGAUAUUUCUCACUCAGCUACAAAUACGUUUUUUUACUGAAUUCAAAUUACAAAAAAUAAAUUAAGAUCUUCUUUGUUAAUUUGUGUGAACACUUGUGAGAUUUGUGUGUGUGUGUGCUCUCGCUCGUGCAUAUGUGUGUGCAUGCAUGUGUGCAUGUGUGUUUGUGUUUUUUCCCUGUGACCCCACAGUACACUAAAACACAUGUCUGCAUCAACAGGAACAACAAAGGCAGAGACAUCAAAACCAUCAAGUCCCUCAGGGUCCUGAGAGUCCUACGACCUCUGAAGACCAUCAAGAGACUGCCCAAACUCAAGGUACCAUACUGUGUUUAUGUUCAUAUACCAACAGGGUUGGGGAAUUUCAGUUUACUUCCUGAAUUGACUGAAUUGAAAUGGAAUUGACCCCAACCCUGUCUACCAAUGCUAAUGUUUUGUUGACCUUCGCUCCCCUUACAGAAAAAACACAUGAUUUCACAUGUGGAAAAUCACAUGAUUUCACGUGUAGUUUCAUGUUAUCACAUGUUGCUUUACAUGUUGUCACAUGUUAUCAAAUUAACUUUGCAUAAGAUCACAUGUGAAAUUCAUGUGGUUUUUCCAUAAAGGUCCUUCAUUAAAAUGAAUGAAAUAUUUCAGGUAAUUUCCAGUGAAUGUGGGCUUUUACCUUCUAUCCGUGCAACCAUGUCAUUAAGGUAUCCUCUCCUCCUCUCCUUCUCCUAUACAGGCGGUGUUUGACUGUGUGGUGACAUCUUUGAAGAACGUCUUCAACAUCCUCAUCGUCUACCAGCUCUUCAUGUUCAUCUUUGCUGUCAUCGCCGUUCAGCUCUUCAAGGGAAAGUUCUUUUACUGCACUGACAGCUCCAUGGACACAGAGAAGGAAUGCCAGUGAGUCCAACACACAGAUGUACAGUACACCAGUGGAGGCUGCUGAGGGGAGGACGGCUCAUAAUAAUGGCUGGAAUGGAGUGCAGUUCUCCCCUCAGUAGCCUCAACUGCAGUACACAUUGUGCCUGCUGCCCCCCACUUACAGUACACACACUGGAACAAACAAAGACAACACAUGGAUCUUACUCGUUUAGUUAUUCAGUCCACACAACACCCAUUUCCAAUUGGUGAGUGAUCAAAGGAAUCCUAACCUCUUCUGUCUCUGUCCCUUAACCCUUCACAGAGGUUACUACAUUGACUACGCUAGAGACAAGAAGGAAGUGAAGAAGAGGGAGUGGAAGAGGCACGAGUUCCACUAUGACAAUGUGUGCUGGGCUCUGCUCACUCUCUUCACUGUUUCAACUGGAGAGGGCUGGCCGCAGUAAGUCCCUGAUGUUCCCUGCACUAUGCUCUAACACCACAUGAAUGCAAUUUGAUAUGGGAUUCAGAGACUUAACAUUUGCCUGUUACUAUUCCUCUCUCUCUCCCUCUCUCUCUCUCUCUCUCUCUCUCUCUCUCUCUCUCUCUCUCUCUCUGGCUCUCUCUCUCUCUCUCUCUCUCUUUCUCUUUCUUUCUCUUUCUCUUUCUCUUUCUCUUUCUCUUUCUCUUUCUCUUUCUCUUUCUCUUUCUCUUUCUCUUUCUCUUUCUCUUUCUCUUUCUCUUUCUCUUUCUCUUUCUCUCUCUCUCCCUCCCUCUACUUUUUUUUUAUCUCCCUCCUUACCUACAGGGUUCUGCAGCACUCUGUGGACGUGACAGAGGAGGACAUGGGUCCAAGUCGUGGCAACAGGAUGGAGAUGUCCAUCUUCUACGUCGUCUACUUCGUGGUCUUCCCUUUCUUCUUUGUCAACAUCUUCGUCGCUCUCAUCAUCAUCACCUUCCAGGAACAGGGUGAUAAGAUGAUGGAGGAGUGUAGCUUGGAGAAGAAUGAGGUACAUUACAGAAAAGCAGCACACAAAUGCACUCCCAUUCUAUUAUAGCUUAAACAUACUGCUGGUCCCCAGCACCCCAGAAUUUGACUUAGUGAAUAGGUGCUGCCAGCAAUAGACCACAGGAGGUUGGUGGCACCUUACUGCUGGACCCCAGGAAGAGUAGCUACUGCCUUGGCAACAGCUAAUGGAGAUACAUAAUAAAUACAAAUACUCAACUUGUACACACAUUCUUACAACACAAAUAUAAACACAGGAUUUAAUUCAAUUGAUUCACCUACAAUAACCAUCUUGCUAUCUUGAUCAGAUAUACACAUUUGAUUGAUCACAAUAAUCUCACCGUUUCAUUCCUGAUUUCUUCUUCUUCUUUUUAUUCUCUCUCCGUCAGAGGGCAUGCAUUGACUUUACCAUCAGUGCCAAGCCCCUGACGCGCUACAUGCCCCAGAACAGACAGACCUUCCAGUACCGGCUGUGGCACUUUGUGGCGUCACCAUCGUUUGAGUACACAGUGAUGGUCAUGAUCGCCCUCAACACUGUGGUGCUCAUGAUGAAGGUAUGGAACCUAUAUCUUUGCAACACAGCUUAUAAACAUUACAUAUGUGCAGGCCUUUGUUAGAAUGUAGUUUCACUCUCAAAGUCUCAAAUCCAUAGGAGCAAGCCUAGUGUAACCCUCUUUGUCUGAUAACAGUUGAAUAUGACACAUCUGUCUCUUUGUAUUAAAUAUGUAACCCUCUUCUUUGCCAUCACUGUUCGAUACAUCCCGGUCUCACCCUGACUGUGUACUGUUUGUCCGCAGUACUACUCCGCUCCAGCAGCGUACGACACGGUACUGAAGCACCUGAACACAGCCUUCACUGUUCUCUUCUCCCUGGAGUGUAUCCUCAAGAUCAUGGCCUUUGGUUUUGUGGUGAGCAAGACAACAGGACUGAACUGUCCAACUGGGAAAAUUAAUGUUAUGGUAGACAUGGUAGCAUGUUAUGGUAGAAUCGUUUCCAUUCAAGAAAGGAGGCUUGCUUUUGUAUAAUGGUGCUCAUUUGCCCCCUGACAGAACUAUUUUCGAGACACUUGGAACAUUUUUGACUUCAUCACUGUGCUCGGCAGCAUCACUGAGAUCAUUGUGGAUUUACAGGUAAUGUUUCACUCUAGCUCUUUAACCUUUAUUUCAUAACCACUGUGAUUCAUGAGCUGGUAAUGCUGUAAAGCUUUUUCCCGCAGUAAAAAUAGGCUAUUAAAGUUGUAAACAUACUUGUUCAUUUAAUCGCCUUUCAAUAAAAUGGAUCUCUGUAUAUCCCUAUCUGCCUAUGGGUAUGUUCUGUCUUCUCUGUCCCCGGACACUUCUCUGUUCCGUAUACUCCUUGCCAUCUCCACCUUGCCGUCUUACACCAGUUUUAUAUUUACUGUAUUUAUAUUUAACAUUCUGUAUGUUGACUUUGUGUAAAUUCCCCUGUCUGUAUUCUAUCUAUACAUUUGUCUAUUGCAGUGGAGGCUGCUGAGGGGAGGACGGCUCAUAAUAAUGGUUGGAACGGCGCAAAUGAAAUGGCAUCAAACAAAUGGAAACCAUGUGUUUGAUGUAUCUGAUACCAUUCCACCAAUUCCGCUCCAGCCAUUACCACGAGCCUGUCCUCCCCAAAUAAGGUGCCACCAACCUCCUGCGGGCUGUUGUUGGCAGCACCUAUUCACUAAGUCAAAUUAUGGGUAUGUGUUAAUGUACUUGGUGAAUAAAAUGAUUCUGAUUCUGACCUCUCUAUAUUUCCUGUGGUCUGUCUAUCUCAGUCAAUAAACACAUUCAAUAUGAGUUUCCUGAAGCUGUUCCGGGCUGCCAGACUGAUCAAACUGUUGAGGCAGGGCUACACCAUACGAAUCCUACUCUGGACCUUUGUACAAUCCUUCAAGGUCAGCCAUGUUCUCCCCUGCUUUUACCACCUGUCAUGUCCACUUAUAAUAGAACUAGUAUUCUGUCUUUAUUUUGUAUGUCCCUGGCCCCAGCUGGCCAUAGCACACACAGAUGGGACUAGGCUGCUAGUGUGUGUUCUUGGGAAAACCAAAUAAUGAUUUCUCUAUUUGUAUCUCUUCUUCGCUCUAGGCUCUUCCUUAUGUUUGUCUGCUCAUCGCCAUGCUGUUCUUCAUCUAUGCCAUCAUUGGGAUGCAGGUAAGACCUCCAAAGCUUAUAUGCUUUACAAUGGUAACUUCAGCCGCAAAAAGGAUGUUGUAUAGCGGCUUCAUGUUUUUCUCACUUGAUCCACACAAGGUGUUUGGAAACAUCAAACUGAACGAUGAAAACCACAUCAACCAGCACAACAACUUCAAGACCUUCUCCGGUGCACUGAUGCUUCUCUUCAGGUGGGUGCAUUGAGAAGGAAUCACAAGCUGAACUGAGACAUAUUCAAAACUGUAAGUAGAUUAUUAUGCUGACUGAUGAAUACAUAUAUUGGUUAAUGUUUAAUAUACUAAUUGUUUGAUCAAUUGAUCAAUUGCUUGAUUGAUUAAUUGACUCAUUAAUUGACUAAUUGAUUGACAGGAGUGCGACGGGGGAGUCUUGGCAGGAGAUCAUGCUAUCGUGUUUGGGGGGGCAGGAGUGUGAGCCAGACUCCUCCAUGGCACCCAUGACCAUGUCCCCUGACCACGAGGGAGGCUGUGGUACUGACUUCGCCUACUGCUACUUUGUCUCCUUCAUCUUCUUCAGCUCCUUCCUGGUGAGGAUGCUACAGGAAUAAACGUUUUCUCCUUUCCUCCACUCUUUCUCAGCACUCUUUCUCUCCCUCACUGUCCAUUUUUCUGAUACACAAGAGCAAUUUUUUAUAGUGCUACACAGAUACACUUUCUCUCCAUAUCUCCAUUCUUUGUCGGCACUUUCUCUCUCUAUGUCCAUCUUUCCCAUUCUCAUACGCAAAAGCAUUUUUUCUAUUGUAUGCAUGGACAUCAGUAUAGCACAUACACUACCAGUCAAAAGUUUGGACACACCUACUCAUUCAAGGGUUUUUCUUUAUUUCUUAUAUUUUUUACAUUGUAGAAUAAUAGUGAAGACAUCAAAACUAUGAAAUAACACAUAUGGAAUCAUGUAGUAACCAAAAAAGUGUUAAACAAAUCAAAAUAUAUUUUAUAUUUGAGAUUCUUCAAAUAGCAACCCUUUGCCUUGAUUAAAGCUUUGCAGACUCUUGGCAUUCUCUCAACCAGCUUCAUGAGGUAGUUACCUGGAAUGCAUUUCAAUUAACAGGUGUGCCUUCUUAAAAGUUAAUUUGUGGAAUUUCUUUCCUUCUUAAUGCGUUUGAGCCAAUCAGUUGUGUUGUGACAAGGUAGGGGGGUAUACAGAAGAUAGCCCUAUUUGGUAAAAGACCAAGUCCAUAUUAUGGCAAGAACAGCUCAAAUAAGCAAAGAGAAACGACAGUCCAUCAUUACUUUAAGACAUGAAGGUCAGUCAAUCCGGAAAAUGUCAAGAACUUUCUUCAUGUGCAGUCGCAAAAACCAUCAAGCGCUAUGAUGAAACUGGCUCUCAUGAGGACCGCCACAGGAAUGGAAGACCCAGAGUUACCUCUGCUGCAGAGGAUACAUUCAUUAGAGUUACCAGCCUCAGAAAUUGCAGCCCAAAUAAAUGCUUCACAGAGUUCAAGUAACAGACACAUCUCAACAUCAACUGUUCAGAGGGGACUGUGUGAAUCAGGCUUUCAUGGUCAAAGUGCUGCAAAGAAACCACUACUAAAGGACACCAAUAAGAAGAAGAGACCUGCUUGGGCCAAGAAACACGAGCAAUGGACAUUAGACCGGUGGAAAUCUGUCCUUUGGUCUGGAGUCCAAAUUUGAGAUUUUUGGUUCCAAACGCUGUGUCUUUGUGAGACGCGGUGUGGGUGAAUGGAUGAUCUCUGCAUGUGUAUUUCCCACCGUAAAGCAUGGAGGAGGAGCUGUUAUGGUGUGGGGGUGCUUUGCUGGUGACACUGUCUGUGAUUUAUUUAGAAUUCAAGGCACACUUAACCAGCAUGGCUACCAUAGCAUUCUGCAGCGAUAUGCCAUCCCAUCUGGUUUGGGCUUAGUGGGACUAUCAUUUGUUUUUCAACAGGACAAUGACCCAACACACCUCCAGGCUGUGUAAGGGCUAUUUUACCAAGAAGCAGAGUGAUGGAGUGCUGCAUCAGAUGACCUGGCCUCCACAAUCCCCCGACCUCAACCCAUUGAGAUGGUUUGGGAUGAGUCGGACGGCAGAGUGAAGGAAAAGCAGCCAACAAGUGCUCAGCAUAUGUGGGAACUCCUUCAAGACUGUUGGAAAAGCAUUCCAGUUGAAGCUGGUUGAGAGAAUGCCAAGAGUGUGCAAAUCUGUCAUCAAGGCAAAGGGUGGCUAUUUGAAGAAUCUCAAAUCUAUCUAAAUUUGUUUAACACUUUCUUGGUUACUACAUGAUUCCAUAUGUGUUAUUUCAUAGUUUUGAUGUCUUCAUUAUUAUUCUACAAUGUAAAAAUAGUACAAAUAAAGAAAAACCCUUGAAUGAGUAGGUGUGUCCAAACUUUUGACUGGUACUGUAUAUUUGUACAUACACAUGCUGUCUCUCACACGUCCUCUCCUCUUGUGUGACUCUGUAGAUGCUGAAUCUUUUUGUGGCUGUGAUCAUGGAUAACUUUGAGUAUCUGACCAGAGACUCUUCCAUCCUGGGUCCUCAUCACCUGGAUGAGUUUGUCCGUGUCUGGGGAGAGUACGACCGCGCAGCAUGGUGAGAGAGAAGAACCCCACCAUGUCUCAACUCUUCCCAGCAGAGUGCAGUGUAUUGACUCUCUAUAAGUGAAAAGGCCUGAACUGCCUUAAUUCCUGUGCAAGAUUUGCCAACCUCUUCCGUUUCAAACUCGAAAUGAAUGACUUAACCCUUUCCUUUUCUCCUCAACUCUCUCUUUCUCCUUCCUCAUUUUUCCUGUUUCUUCUGUAGUGGGCGUAUACACUACACCGCCAUGUAUGAGAUGUUGACCCACAUGUCUCCACCCCUGGGUCUGGGGAAGAAAUGCCCCAGAGGUAUGGCCUACAAGGUAUGAGAGAAACACUUCUUUUAUUUUCUUAUUUUUAAUUUACAGUGAGGGAAAAAAGUAUUUGAUCCCCUGCUGAUUUUGUACGUUUGCCCACUGACAAAGAAAUGAUCAGUCUAUAAUUUUAAUGGUAGGUUUAUUUGAACAGUGAGAGACAGAAUAACCACUAAAAAAUCCAGAAAAACGCAUGUCAAAAAUGUUAUAAAUUGAUUUGCAUUUUAAUGAAGGAAAUAAGUAUUUGACCCCCUCUCAAUCAGAAAGAUUUCUGGCUCCCAGGUGUCUUUUACACAGGUAACGAGCUGAGAUUAGGAGCACACUCUUAAAGGGAGUGCUCCUAAUCUCAGUUUGUUACCUGUAUAAAAGACACCUGUCCACAGAAGCAAUCAAUCAGAUUCCAAACUCUCCACCAUGACCAAGACCAAAGAGCUCUCCAAAGAUGUCAGGGACAAGAUUGUAGACCUACACAAGGCUGGAAUGGGCUACAAGACCAUCGCCAAACAGCUUGGUGAGAAGGUGACAACAGUUGGUGCGAUUAUUCGCAAAUGGAAGAAACACAAAAGAACUGUCAAUCUCCCUCGGCCUGGGGCUCCAUGCAAGAUCUCACCUCGUGGAGUUGCAAUGAUCAUGAGAACGGUGAGGAAUCAGCCCAGAACUACACGGGAGGAUCUUGUCAAUGAUCUCAAGGCAGCUGGGACCAUAGUCACCAAGAAAACAAUUGGUAACACACUACGCCGUGAAGGACUGAAAUCCUGCAGCGCCCGCAAGGUCCCCCUGCUCAAGAAAGCACAUAUACAUGCCCGUCUGAAGUUUGCCAAUGAACAUCUGAAUGAUUCAGAGGAGAACUGGGUGAAAGUGUUGUGGUCAGAUGAGACCAAAAUCGAGCUCAUUGGCAUCAACUCAACUCGCCGUGUUUGGAGGAGGAGGAAUGCUGCCUAUGACCCCAAGAACACCAUCCCCACCGUCAAACAUGGAGGUGGAAACAUUAUGCUUUGGGGGUGUUUUUCUGCUAAGGGGACAGGACAACUUCACAGCAUCAAAGGGACGAUGGAUGGCGCCAUGUACCGUCAAAUAUUGGGUGAGAACCUCCUUCUCUCAGCUAGGGCAUUGAAAAUGGGUCGUUGAUGGGUAUUCCAGCAUGACAAUGACCCAAAACACACGACCAAGGCAUCAAAGGAGUGGCUCAAGAAGAAGCACAUUAAGGUCCUGGAGUGGCCUAGCCAGUCUCCAGACCUUAAUCCCAUAGAAAAUCUGUGGAGGGAGCUGAAGGUUCGAGUUGCCAAACGUCAGCCUCGAAACCUUAAUGACUUGGAGAAGAUCUGCAAAGAGGAGGGGGACAAAAUCCAUCCUGAGAUGUGUGCAAACCUGGUGGCCAACUACAAGAAACGUCUGACCUCUGUGAUUGCCAACAAGUGUUUUGCCAGCAAGUACUAAGUCAUGUUUUGCAGAGGGGUCAAAUACUUAUUUCCCUCAUUAAAAUGCAAAUCAAUUUAUAACAUUUUUGACAUGCGUUUUUCUGGAUUGUUUUGUUGUUAUUCUGUCUCUCACUGUUCAAAUAAACCUACCAUUAAAAUUAUAGACUGAUCAUGUCUUUGCCAGUGGGCAAAUGUACAAAAUCAGCUGGGUAUCAAAUUAUUUUUCCCUCACUGUAGGAUAGAGACAUUUUUUUACAGUUGUUUUACUGUAAAGCAUGUGGAAUUCUCCCUCCCUCCCUCCCUCCCUCCCUCCCUCCCUCCCUCCCUCCCUCCCUCCCUCCCUCCCUCCCUCCCUCCCUCCCUCCCUCCCUCCCUCCCUCCCUCCCUUUCUCCUGCCCUCCCUCACUCUCUCUCUCUUCCUCCCUCCCUCCCUCCCUCCCUCACUCUCUCUCCACCCAUCCCUCCUUCCCUCUCUCUCUCCACAGAGGCUGGUGUUGAUGAACAUGCCAGUGGAUGAGGACAUGUCAGUCCACUUCACCUCCACCUUGAUGUCUCUCAUCCGCACCGCUCUGGAGAUCAAGAUCGCACGAGGUCAGGGAAUGAGUUGAGUUUAAAACCACCACGCAUCACUGCAUCUGCAUGCGUUUUUCCAGUUUAGACUUGGUCUUCCAUCUUGAGCCUGGAGAUCCACACAGCCUAGGGCAUGCUGGCUUUUGGUCCAGCCCAGUACUGGUAAUAUACCUUAUUCAACAUAUAAAUGGCUUGAUCAUUGGUUGAGUAGUUGAAUCAGGAAAUACAGCAACGUUAACCAUUUCCCCUGUCUGUGUAUAAUGGAUGAAUAAAGAUCUAUUGUAAUGUGGUCCAGGUGGGGAGGACCGAGUAGCUCUGGACACUGAGCUACAGAAGGAGAUCAGUGUGAUAUGGCCAUACCUCCCCCAGAAGACCCUGGAUGUACUAGUACCCAUCAACAAAGGUCAGACCCACACUGGAGAGAGACAUGGAGAGGUAGACCUGGGGGGCAGUCAGUCAGUCAAUGACUAGCAAUCUAAUCUAAUCUGUGUUUUAUAGAUUCCGACAUGACAGUAGGUAAGAUAUAUGCCUCCAUGAUGAUCAUGGACUACUUCAAACAGAACAAAGCCAAGAAGCUGAGAGCACAGCUGGAAGCACAGGUCAGCUAUACACACUAUAUGAACAUUAUAUACACUGAGUGAGUUUACCCCUGUAGCUCAGUUGGUAGAGCAUGGCGGUUGUAACGCCAGGGUUGUGGGUUCGAUUCCCACGGGGGACUGGUAUGAAAAUGUAUGCACUCACUACUGUAAGUCGAUCUGGAUAAGAGCAUCUGCUAAAUGACGUAAAUGUAAAAUGUAAUGUAAAUGAGUGUACUAAACAUUAUGAACACCUGCUCUUUCCAUGACAUAGACUGACCAGGUAAAUCCAGGUGAAAGCUAUGAUCACUUAUUGAUGUCACUUGUUAAAUCCACUUCAAUCAGUGUAGAUGAAGGGGAGGAGACAGGUUAAAGAAGGAUUUUAAAGCCUUGAGACAAUUGAGACAUGGAUUGUGUAUGUGUGCCAUUCAGAGGGUGAAUGGGCAAGUCAAAGGAUUUAUGUGCCUUUAAACAGGGUAUGGUAGUAGGUGCCAGGCGCACCAGUUUGUGUCAACUGCAACACUGCUGGGUUUUUCACGCUCAACAGUUUCCCAUGUGUAUCAAGAAUGGUCCACCACCCAAAGGACAUCCAGCCAGCUUGACACAACUGUGGGAAGCAUUGGAGUCAACAUGGGCCAGCAUCCAUGUGGAACGCUUUCGACACCCUCUAGAUUUCAUGCCCCGACGAAUUGAGGCUGUUCUGAGGGCAAAAGGGAGUACAACUCAAUAUUAGGAAGGUGUUCUUAAUGUUUUGUACACUCAGUGUAUAUACCUCAGUCCUCUUCUGUAUAACAUUAUCAUGGCAUCUGGCAUCUGUUGACACAACCCAGUGCCUGUAGUGAUCUAUUGCUUGGUGUGGUCUCCUCUACAGAAGGCCAGUCUGAUGCCGUUCCAGCGGCUGGAUACCUCGACCCUCUCUGAAGACAUUCUGUCCAAUGCCCAGCCCCUGCCCUGCAUGCCCCACAGUGCCGGCUCCGCCCUGUGAGUCAGUCCUCACUCAGUGUGUGUGCAUCCGUGCGUGCGUGCAGGCUUGCUUGCAUUCGUGUAUGUGUGUGUGCCUUGUGCCUUUAGUAAGUAUUUGUGAGCGACCGCCUCAAUUUUUUUUACAUUGAAUAAAAGUAGAGACUCAGAGCCAGAAAAUGGUAUAUCAUACACUGCAGUUGAGAAACAAUGGGAAAGUAAUUCUGUUUUGAGAAAUGGCCCUUGAAUGUUUUGGUACACCUACUGAAGAGCUCUUCUUUGUCUACACCCAUUCAGCAUCGUUCACACCCUCUUAAGCCUUAGAACCACCCAUCUUUUUAAGGAUUCACAUGUGAGGCCAUGUGGUAAACACAUGCUAUAUCAAAUAAAAUAUAAGUUUAUUUGUCACAUGCACAGGAUACAGAAAGUGUAAACGGUACAGUGAAGUGGUUACUAGCAAUAUCAAAAACAGAAAGUGUCCAGAUAAAAAUAUUUUAUAAAUAUUUUAUCAUUAUUAGAUUACGCUUACCCGACACGCUUGUCUAAGUUGAUGGGUCAUGUGAAGGAAAUGCUUUAACCACCCCCCAGUCACAUCUAGCUAAGUGGAUGGGUCACUAUUGUCUAGACAUGUACACAUGUUCAUGAAAUACAAUAGAUGGCUGUAAUCACCCCCAGACACGGCUGGCUAAUUUGAUGGGUCAUGUAAUAAUCCGGCCGAAGUGGGGUCUUUUGUUUAGACAUGUAGCUAGCUAGGUAGCUAGCUAGCAAAACAAUGAACCGGCAUAAUCCCAACUCAUACUACUACCAAUACAAACAUUGUCAUAGCUGUAGUAUGAAUCUGCAGGUAGCUAACAAACUAGGUUCAAUGUUAGCUAGCUAACAUUAGGCUAUAACUAGCAAUGCAAAUGGAUUUCUGAUAAAUUGAUUUGCAUUUUAAUGAGGGAAAUAAGUAUUUGACCCCUCUGCAAAACAUGACUUAGUACUUGGUGGCAAAACCCUUGUUGGCAAUCACAGAGGUCAGACGUUUCUUGUAGUUGACCACCGGGUUUGCACACAUCUCAGGAGGGAUUUUGUCCCACUCCUCUUUGCAGAUAUUCUCCAAGUCAUUAAGGUUUCGAGCCUGACGUUUGGCAACUCGAACCUUCAGCUCCCUCCACAGAUUUUCUAUGGGAUUAAGGUCUGGAGACUGGCUAGGCCACUCCAGGACCUUAAUGUGCUUCUUCUUGAGCCACUCCUUUGUUGCCUUGGCCGUGUGUUUUGGGUCAUUGUCAUGCUGGAAUACCCAUCCACGACCCAUUUUCAAUGCCCUGGCUGAGGGAAGGAGGUUCUCACCCAAGAUUUGACGGUCCAUCGUCCUUUUGAUGCGGGGAAGUUGUCCGGUCCCCUUAGCAGAAAAACACCCCCAAAGCAUAAUGUUUCCACCUCCAUGUUUGACGGUGGGGAUGGUGUUCUUGGGGUCAUAGGCAGCAUUCCUCCUCCUCCAAACACGACGAGUUGAGUUGAUGCCAAAGAGCUCGAUUUUGGUCUCAUCUGACCACAACACUUUCACCCAGUUCUCCUCUAAAUCAUUCAGAUGUUAUAAUAUAAUAUGCCAUUUAGCAGACGCUUUUAUCCAAAGCGACUUACAGUCAUGCGUGCAUACAUUUUUUACGUAUGGGUGGUCCCGGGGUUCAAACCCAACUACCCUGGCGUUACAAGCGCCAUGCUCUACCAAUUGAGCUACAAUUGGCAAACUUCAGACAGGCCUGUAUAUGUGCUUUCUUGAGCAGGGGGACCUUGCGGGCGCUGCAGGAUUUCAGUCCUUCACGGCGUAGAGUGUAACCAAUUGUUUUCUUGGUGACUAUGGUCCCAGCUGCCUUGAGAUCAUUGACAAGAUCCUCCCGUGUAGUUCUGGGCUGAUUCCUAACCAUUCUCAUGAUCAUUGCAACUCCACGAGGUGAGAUCUUGCAUGGAGCCCCAGGCCGAGGGAGAUUGACAGUUCUUUUGUGUUUCUUCCAUUUGCGAAUAAUCGCACCAACUGCUGUCACCUUCUCACCAAGCUGCUUGGCGAUGGUCUUGUAGCCCAUUCCAGCCUUGUGUAGGUCUACAAUCUUGUCCCUGACAUCCUUGGAGAGCUCUUUGGUCUUGGCCAUGGUGGAGAGUUUGGAAUCUGAUUGAUUGAUUGCUUCUGUGGACAGGUGUCUUUUAUACAGGUAACAAGCUGAGAUUAGGAGCACUCCCUUUAAGAGUGUGCUCCUAAUCUCAGCUUGUUACCUGUAUAAAAGACACCUGGGAGCCAGAAAUCUUUCUGAUUGAGAGGGGGUCAAAUACUUAUUUCCCUCAUUAAAAUGGAAAUCAAUUUAUAACAUUUUUGACAUGCGUUUUUUUGGAUUUUUUUGUUGUUAUUCUGUCUCUCACUGUUCAAAUAAACCUACCAUUAAAAUUAUAGACUGAUAAUUUCUUUGUCAGUGGGCAAACUUACAAAAUCAUCAGGGGAUCAAAUACUUUUUUCCCUCACUGUACAUCUUGUUUGGCCAGCAUUGUGUCAAGUCACUCCGGUUCACACUGACCGUGGCGUGUGCAGAAAGUAGCCCAUCACUUUUUCCCAACUGAUCUGUCGAUAGCACCUGCUAAAUUCAGGGCAUCAAUGUUUUUGAGAAAAAUAGCAAAACUUUUGUAGUUCUCGAUGGCUAACGUUAUAUCUUUCAAAAACGGUGCGGUAGAAAGGACUGAGUGUCAACACAUACUGAACAGCUCAGGUUAUAGACAGAAGCAUGCUACAUGGCAGACCAAUCCAAACUAAUCUCUCGGCAUGUCCAGCCCAUCCAUUAUCUCAGACAAUCAUGGCUAGCAGGAAGGUUCCUGUCUUUUUCCAUGGCUAAACCAACUAGGCUCGUAAUUUAACCAUUUUAUUAGUAUUUAUGGAUGGAAUACAAGUUUGUUAUUAAGGCACAUGAAAGUUCACAUGUUCCAGAAGGCUUUUCUGCCAAAAAACAGAUUUUAUAAAAAAUACAUGUUUACGUUCAAAUGCCUCUCCUGUGAAGUAGUGACGUGCGACAUACGCCUAGUUCCCUGAAACGAGUCACAUUUGUGUUUGACAGUAUUUCCUGUGUGACUUGCCUCCCUAUGUAGGACCAGAGGAGGCCUGGUGGCAUUGAGUCCUCUCUCCCCCCAGGACCUGUUCAACGUGCAGCCCAUGACCUCUGACACGGACACCAGAAGCCAACACUCCAGGGUAACGACAAGGACCAAGUCCUAUGUACUGUAGAAACACAUCACAAGAGUACCAGUGGUGGAAAAAGUACCUAAUAGUCAUACUUGAGUAAAAGUAAAGAUACCUUAAUAGAAAAUGACUCAAGUAAAAGUGAAAGUCACCUAGUAAAAUACUACUUGAGUAAAAGUCUAAAAGUAUUUGGUUUUAAAUAUGCUUAAGUAUCAAAAGUAAAUGUAAUUGCUAAAAUAUACUUAAGUAUCAAAAAGGUAAAAGUAACAGUAUAAAUAUUUUCUAAUUCCUUAUAUAAAGCAAACCAGUUGUCAUAAUUGUCUUGUUUUUUAAAUUUACGGAUAGCCAGGGGCAUGCUCCAACACUCAGACAUCAUUUACAAACGAAGCAUGUGUUUAGUGAGUCCACUAGAUCAGAGGCAGUAGGGAUUACCAGGGAUGUUCUCUCGAUAAGUGUUUGAAUUAGGCAAUUUUUCUGUCCUGCUAAGCAUUCAAAAUGUAACGAGUACUUUUGGGUGUCAGGGAAAAUGUAUGGAGUAAAAAGUACAUAAUUUUCUUUAGGAAUGUAGUGAAGUAAAAGUAAAAAUAGUCAGAAAUAUAAAUAGUAAAGUAAAGUACAGAUACCCUAAACAACUACUUAAGUAGUACUUUCAAGUAUUUUUACUUAAGUACUUUACACCACUGAGGAGUACUGUACACCACACUAAUCUAGCACAAACACCAACUACACAAAGUACACACACAAAGAAGCCUUUAUUACAUUUAGUAAGCGUACAAUGAUAGCUCUAUAAGGCCCUUUGCUAGGAGCCAAAAGGAAAAAGUCUGCUAAGGGCAAAAUAUAAAAUACAGCGCGUUGAAAACCUAACCUCUUGCGGUAAAGUGCAAAAUAUCAACCCACACAUAGACAACAAUGAAUCAAUGACACUUAUCUAAUAGUAAUGGUUGAAUGAAGAUACUAGUAGUGGAUAGCAGAGCACGGCAUUCAUGUUUCUAUGUGUUUCUGUCCUUGCCUAAAUUGUAGUCUGAUUAGUGAAGGUUUAAAGGAGAUGCAGGCAUUCUCACUGUUCAUUGUGCUGUUUCUAGGCUGUUUGGUUGAACUGGUCUGCAGUGUUCUGUUUGCCCUAUAGGAAUGUCAUGACUUUGACCCUGGAUAUCUGUUAGUGUGUGCCUUCUUCUAUGUUCUAUGUAUUAUUCACUAGGGAGUAACAUGAGUCAUGACAAGCUUUAAGGAAAGGUGAACUUGUCUGGCUCAGUGUGUUUGGUGCAUCCAGAUCUGAACUUGCAUGAGUGUGUUUAACAAUAGACCCAAUAGUUGUUCAGGUCUCUUUCUCUUCUCAUUUAUUGUUUUAGCGAUGUGCUUGUGCUUCCGUCUCCUCUUGCUCUCUGACUUUCUCCUCCUGCUUUGCCCAAUCUUUCUGGGGUCAGUCUCCUUGUUGUCAUUGGUUGCUAAUCUGUGGCUCUUUGGCUGGAAUGGCUUCUGAUUGGUUGGUUAUAAUGGAAUGGCCUAGGUUUGCUCUACCCAAUUGCAGAAAGGCCUUGUGAAUUCUUACCAUGUAACAUUGUCUGAAGCCCUCCUUGGCUGGAACCCCAAAAUACAGUUAGUCCCUGUAUUGAAUUGACCAGCCUGAUCUACUGUACUCUAUCUCGCCCCUCACUCUCUCUCUGUCUCUGGUCUCAUAUAGGUGAGUGCAGGGGAGUGCAGUGGGUUGAUUCCUGACCCACUGGCGCUCCCGUUUGGCAGGGGGCUGUGUGUACGGGCCUCCUCCAUGCCUCGUCUGGCUGUAGAGCCACAGGUACUGCCCUCUGACCACACUGACUCCUCCAGGGGCCAGAAGGGCCCGGGCAGCAAGGGGGCUCCAGAGUGUGACAUGCAUGUCUGUGUGACAGAAGACAAUGGUUGUGCCGUUUAG